GCAGAAGUCGUCCUAGGCAGGAAUAGCUUUCUACCAAGUCAGACUCAUAUAUGUAAGGCAGUGAAGAUGGGGAUGGUGUGGACAGUCCCUGUAAGAAAUUGUGUCUGCCUAAUGGGGUAGAUCUAGACCUCCUCUUUCACUGAGUGAAGGGGAUAGAUACGAGCAUGUAUAUAAUUUCAUCGGUGUACUCUGACACCCACUUUCGUGCACUUCAGGAUCUCGAGAGACCCUGAGGUCUCAGUGCCGAGAAAAACACAAAAAAAGAUCUGUACCUCAAUUCGGCCUAGUCCGAUGAGGAUUUGAUGUAUAUAUCUAUAGAUCAGAUCUGCCAAAUCAUAGAUUUAUUAUAGAUUGCGCUUAUGCAGCGUGAGGGGGAGUAGAUUAGGCCUGCUCAUGACUCCUGGAUACCUCCUUCGAAUUCGAUUGCAGUCGAUUCGAUGGUCUUGUUGUGCUCCAUGCAGAGCUAUUCAAAUCACCCCUCGAUAUCCUACACGAGUCUCGUCUGGUCUGGUCUGGAUUUGAGUUGGAAAUAGCGUAGACUUGCAAACCGAUCGUCUCAUUCUCAGACAGGCAGCUGGACGGGUCGGGACGGUGGAUACAGCAUGGACCAGUUUCAAGCUCGUGUAGUUUUUGUUUUGGGGAUUCUCUGUGGUCUGGUGAUUGGAAGUCAUCCUUCUGUGGUCAUAGGUGCAACCCAGACUCACAUAAGCGACCCUGAUUUUGGACUUGCCCAAGAACUUGAAAAUGUGGACCAUGGACAGGAAAUUCCAGAAUUCGGGGCCAGCAAGAAACCUGCUACUACGAGAAAUGGAGACGCUUCCGAUGAAGCAACUAUCAAGUUUCUAGGAAAGGCUAGCGGAGGAGGAAAAUAUCAAAGACAGCUUCUACAAGCUUCGUUUCCACUACCACUGUCCGCUCCAGCGCAGGCCUCUGAGUUUAAUGACAGCUCGACACUUCUGGAGAUUAAAGACGGAUUGGAUCGUGAUGUGCAAAGUCUACUUUCUAGUUGGAACUCGACUGAAGCUGCUGAGGACCCUCAAGCCCACUGCUCCUGGCUCGGGGUGGAAUGUAACGGCGAUAACAGAGUAGUGUCUUUAAAUCUUUAUAGUUUGGGCUUGAGAGGCGUUCUUGUCCCUCAAAUUGGCAACCUCUCUGCACUAGUCAGCCUAAACCUUGCUAACAAUAGUUUUCUAGGGGAGAUACCCCAAGCCCUCGGCUUGUGCUCCAACCUUGUGACUUUGGAUCUCACGAAGAACAAUUUCUCCGGCAGAAUUCCGUCUUCUUUGGGUCAGCUUCAAAAUCUUACUUCCCUUUCAUUGGGUAGGAACCCCCUUAUCUCUGGAAGCAUCCCCUCUGAGCUUGGAAACUGUAAGAGCCUCCAGAAUUUGCAUAUUGCUUUUACCAACAUUUCGGGAAGCGUACCUUCAAGCUUGGGGAAUUGCAGUGAGCUUCUGUAUUUGAGACUCUACUCCAACCUACUGAAUGGAGACAUCCCGCAGGAGCUGGGAUUGCUCAGCAAGUUGCGGACACUGGAGCUGUUCAGGAAUAAUUUGACAGGCACGAUUCCGGCCAAGCUCGGAGACUGUAGAAGCUUGAAGAGGCUAAGAUUGUUCGAGAAUAUUCUGACGGGCACAAUACCGACUUCAUUUGCGAAGUUGGAAAACCUUGAGUAUCUGGCUCUUGGAAACAACGAGCUUACUGGUGGCAUAGAUUUUGAGCUGGGUGCACUGAAAAAUCUCACGAUCCUCUAUCUCCAGAACAACUCGUUGAAUGGCAGCAUUCCAGCCUCCAUAGGCGAUUGCACGAAAUUGAUGGUCGUGAAUCUCGAAAGCAAUCUGCUGUCGGGAGAGAUACCAGACUCCAUCGUCAACUUGAUCAACCUUCAAGUUCUUGUGCUCGGAGAUAAUCGCCUGGAUGGAGGAUUCAAUAUUGAUCUGAGUGCUUUCAGAAAUCUCCGGAUAUUAGAUCUACGGGAAAAUCCUCUGGGUGGAGACUUUCCAGAGUCCAUUGUGAAGUGCACAAAUCUGGAGGAGGUGUCUUUACAGGAAAAUUCAUUUCAAGGAGUCAUUCCUGAGGAGCUGGGUCUGCUGACAAAUCUGACCAUUCUGAGUCUUUACGGCAACAAUCUGUCUGACUCAAUUCCACCUUCUCUUGGGAACUGCAAGAGACUGCAGUACAUCGAGCUCGAUGGAAACAGUUUGACAGGAGAGAUUCCCGAGUCGCUAGGAAACUGCACCGAUCUUGUAGCAAUAGAUCUGACAUCAAAUUCUCUUUCAGGACCCAUUCCAUCGACGCUUGGUGCACUUCGUUUCCUGGAGAUCUUGAGCGUUUCUUCAAACGACUUAACUGGUACCAUACCCAGAGCUUUGUGGAAUUGUACGAGCUUGAAGAUUCUUGCGCUGGACAACAACCAUCUCACUGGAGGCCUUCCCUCGGAGGUAAGUGCUUUGAGUGAUCUCGAGGAACUUCACCUGUUCGUCAACAAUCUGACAGGUCCCAUCCCCGCGUCCAUCGGGGACUGCAGUAAGCUGAAAUUCCUUCUCGUGGGCGAGAACAAGAUGAACGGCUCCCUUCCAUCUUCUCUCGGAUCACUGCGCGAUCUGGAACGACUGCACAUUCAAAGAAACAAUGGCUUCAGCGGUGACAUUCCUUGGCUUGCGCUCAGCAACUGCACGAAGCUCACUCAGUUCAUCGGAAUGAGAAACAGUCUGACGGGCACGAUUCCAAUAGAUCUGGGGGCAACUUUUCCAUCGCUGCUGUGGCUGGAUUUCUCCAGAAAUCAUCUCACGGGAGGAUUUCCGAAAUCUAUUCUCAACUGCACCAACCUGCAGCUGCUGAGACUCUACUGGAACAACUUCACCGGAGAGCUCGAUGUGGAUUUAUCCAGGCUUCCCAUGCUGCACACAUUGCACCUGUCCAAGAAUAAAUUCAACGGAACCCUCGACAACCUCAAGCUGCAGAACUGUACGAAGUUGGAGUACUUGGACUUGAGUUCCAACAGGCUGACCGGCGAGAUUCCCAGCUAUUCUUCCAUCGGCAUGCUGCCUGCUAUGCGCGUUCUCACCAUGCGGGAAAACAGACUUGAGGGCAGAAUUCCAGACUGGAUUUGGAGCUUGCCUUCAUUGGAUGUCUUGGAUCUGUCACUCAACAACUUCACGGGGCUCCUGCCGACCAAUUGGACGCAACUUGUGGCCCUCUCGAACUCUUCUGUUAGAUCCGACAAACAGCCGGAAAAAUCCGAGCUUGGGCUGGGGAAUCUGAUAUAUGAGCAGACUUUGGUGACUCGGAACGGGAGAUCGUUCGAUGAAACAUACAUCUUUGACUAUUUAGCGCUCAUUGAUGUAUCGAGGAACUCUCUAGAGGGCCCGAUUCCAUCAGGGCUAGGGACGCUGGCAGGCUUGAAAGUUCUGAAUCUAGCGGACAACAAUCUCACCGGGAACCUUCCCUUGCAGCUGAAUGUUCUAGGUAAUUUGUUGGAGCUUGACGUUUCCAAGAAUGGGCUCUCGGGAAAUAUUACGACGUUCGUAAAUGUCAUACUGGACACGCAACUCGCAGUGCUGAAUGUAUCUUUCAACAAUUUCUCAGGCCGUAUAGAUGCGACUCGGUACGGCAAUUCUUCUUUUCUGGGGAAUAUUCUAUUGUGCGGUCAAAUCCUGCGGCCGUGCGAGGUCGAUUCGGCGCCCACAAUUUCGUCAUUGCUGCCUGAUGGAGGAGGAUCAGAUGGCGAGAAGUUUACAGAUUAUGUGAGCAUCCUCGCCUUGGAGAUAGGAAUAGCGAUAGGAGCUCUGUUGGUGACAGGGAUCAUCUUUGGAAACAAGAGAGUCAGGCAUGCUUUCUUCAAGGUGCAAGACAGAACGUAUACAAGGAAUUAUGGUGUGUUCAGCGAGAAGCUGAAAUCUGCUCCAACAAACGUGUGGUGGCGAGGGAGAACGCCUGUGGAUCUUAGUCCUGUGAACACGAGUCCAGCGAGUAGAAGUCCAGUAAUCUCAUAGAUCUCAUCUUCCUCUUCAUUAUAUCUCUAGAUUUAGGCAGUUUUGCACUUUUUGUACAGUUAGAAAUGCACCAGCUUCAUUUUAGUUUGGAGUUGGUGCAAUGAUUCAGUAGCUCUAAGAUGCUGCGAGCAAGCAAUUAGAACCAAGAUAUAGAUUUAGAAUGUAUUGUAAAUUUCAAUUUGUACAUCUACAUCUUCCAAGUAUUCUCCUACCAUAGAUCAUCUGCUGAAAAAUUUGGAGCGAAAGAGGAAGACAGUGCAGAAUCGAAUUCUAAACUUGAGCCCGGGGCUCGGGUUACAUGGAAGUCCUAGUUGCAGACGCAGUUUCCAGAAUGCUCAUAUGAGUGUUCCACCAUCCAUGCUUAACAUGGGCGUCUCGUUCUUAAGUUUGCAUACGGGAAGUUUAGAGUCCAUCAUGAGCAAGUUGCUGAUUGACAGCAAUCAAUGAUGUCUGUAGCAGUAGCAGUAGAGGCAAAAUUUUAUGUCAAUAGAAUAUUAUACCGCAGGUAGCUUGAAUUUCAUAGUAGAGGUGGCAAGUGCAGCGCAUCUACGCGUAUUCUGAUUAAUUCGAUCAUUUGAUUUUAGUGAGAGAUUCGACUCUUCUACAGUGGAACCAUAACAGUAGGUUCUGGUGCUAUUUGCACGCUGUGUUGACAGUAAGAGACUUUCACAUGUACACUAGGAAUCGUUUACUCGACGUAAGUUUGACGCAAUCUGCGUGGUCUAUUGAUAUUAAAGGAUCCACAGUCGAAGAUCUCAAACCAUUGAUAUUCUGAAUGAAAUUCGUUCACUGUAUUGGACUUAUCAGAAAUAGAUUCGGGAAAUAAGCUUAAAGAUCUUCCCGAUGAUGGGGCUAUAUAUCCUUUCGCAAGGAGUUUCGAAAGUGUUCUGAUUUUCGAAACCAGGAUCUCUCAACAGAUCAUGCCUGUCAAUACUUUUUCAUCGAUGCUGUCCCGCAGCCUAGCCUUGAUUCUCUGAAAAUGUCCGAAGUCGAGCUGAUU